AUGGGUCACUGUUCAUGCUACAGCGAAAUAGAAACUGUAGACACUGCUCUAGCAAGAGAGUCUAUGGCAAAGUCGGAGCGUGAUGGCACUGUCAUACCUUCUAAUAUAACACCAGAUACGUUUAUUCAGUUUGCGGCAGAUAACAACGACAUAAACGAGGAGACGCUUGACGGAAAGGAUACAACACAUGCUACAACACUAGUUGUUUAUCAGCAGAAGCCAUUUGGCCCAAUGCCACGGAAAGAAGUGCUUGCCGAUCAUACCAAGAAGAAAAGGUCGCUGACGAAAGUUAACAGCUGUGACGAAAAUUUGGAAUGUUCAGCUUAUGGAAAACGCCCGAUUGUCACAGAUUUUCUCGGUCAAAUUGGUACAGAGUCUUUUCACACCACAACUGACGCAUACAUAUCAUCAUGCAGGAUGGAUUUGACGUGGGCACUUGGACGUAUGUCCCCAACGAAAUUGUUUGAUAUCGCCGAGGUCACAAAAGAGGAAACUGACCAGCCCAUUCGAAGUUGGAGUGGAUUUAACUCCAUGUUGUUUCCUGGUACCGCACAGCCUACGGUAAUUGGUUACUGUCCAAUGAUAAAUGGUUCUUCCACCGAACUAUUAAAAGCAUGAUAUACACGGUUUUGAAGAAAGCGCAAAAUAUCUGCUCAAGCCUUCAACAGAGAGACAUGGUCAUCACAUUUGAUCUGGCGAUCUAUGCAAAAGCGAAACAAAUCCAAUGGAAAUUUCCCGAAGAGUUCUCAGACACCGUUAUUCGUAUGGGUGGCUUCCAUAUUGCAUUGAAUUUUCUUGCAGUCUUGGGAAAGAAAUAUCAGAACUCUGGCUUGGAGGAUGUAUUAAUAGAAUCUGGGGCGUAUGGAUCUGGUAGCGUAAUGGCGUUAAUGAAAAGAAAGUCGUACGCACAAACUGGCACAAACUGGUCAUGGAAGCACUAUUUCGUCUGA